AUGGCUUGUGGAGUUGUGUUUUUCGUUGUCUUGGCUUUUGGACCCGCUGGUAUUUUCGCCAACAAGGUAGAAGACGAUGAAGAAACUUGUAGACGUUAUGCUAAUGGCCAAGUUUAUCCGGAGAAGACAACGAUUUCUGAACAUGCUGUGCACUGGAGUAAAGCACAAAGUAAGUCAGAGUUUACAAAUCACAAUGUCGCGCUUUCACCGUUCAGCGAUUAUCAAUUCCUUGUGUUUGCAUGGACUCUGAAAAACAUUUUGAAAAAAUAAAUUUCCGUAUUCUUGAUUUUUGGGGGGUCGGAAUGAGGCAAUGAUGGAGCGUUGGAUUUAAUUUUUUGUUGAGAUUUGCGUGAUUCAUGGCCUUUGAAAGUCCAGCUUUUUGUUAAUAUUUUAAUCGAUAUUCUUUGCGGAUUUUGCUGAAUUUAUGUCUUUGGUUAAAGGAAGUUGCAAAGACAAAGAUGUCAAAGCCGACAUUGCUUGUUUAUUUCAUGAGUACUUAACUAUCAAAGGUUUAAGCCGACCACCGAUGUUCGCUUUUGUGUGGGAACCAGUGAGACGGAACGCAAACGUGGAAUAUUACAGCCGUAGAGUUGGAACCACAAAUCUCUUUGUCGUUAGCUUUUGUGGGGGAGAAAUGCUUCGCUUUUAGUGUUAAAAUUGAUUAGAUUGACUUAAUGUAGCGUGUAGUCGCCUGAAAGGUCAUGGACAUCGAUAAAGGCCAACGAAAAUCCAGAAAAAGAUAACUGUUCGAGAAAUCGUGUACGGUACGGCGAUCCGUUGCGUUACAUAGUGUCACGGGAACAAAUGUAGGACACAUUCAAAUCCUAUCAUUCAAAUAGUGAUUCUGUUUAAAAAAUAAUGGUGAAGAAAGUGUGUAACUGGUGUUUGAACUUUUUCUUUUUUAGUCUCGAAGCCCGCUCCCCACUGGGAAGGAACAGCUGUGGUAAAAGGAGAAUUCAAAGAACUUAAGCUUUCAGAUUUUAAAGGUGAGAGUAUAAACAUAGAAUUUGGUAAACAAGCCCCUCCAUUUAUAAUCUCCUUAAAAUAUUCAUGGACACUGUAUGCUCCCAAAUUUAUUUGCAUAAAAACGUCUUUCAACCUUUUCACUAUUAAAAGUGGUAAAAUUCAUCAAAAAAAUUGCAAAAUAAACAGUUCUUUGCAAAAGUUCUGCCAAAGAGGUUUAAAGUGAAUGGUAACACCACAGGAUUUCAUCCACAGACUCAAAAGUUAGAACUACAUACUAAAUAAAUAGUACCAUGUGAAAGUACAGUUGGUAAACUCCAUCUACAGGUUGCCCAAAGGACCAGCAAUUUUUUUAAACUUUUCACCUUACCCUGCAUGGGUAAACAAAUAGCAUUUGGUAAUUCUUGUGACCUUGUUGGUUGUUUGAUAAAUGCUGUUGGAAGGAGAAAUUUGAUGUACUUCAGAAUAGGGGAAUAUAGAGGGCUAAGCAAACAACCACUGUGCACAGUGCAGUACAAGUACUUUAUUUAUCAUUUACUUUAUUUAUUUACACAGGCAAAUACCUAGUGUUCUUCUUCUAUCCACUUGACUUGUAAGUGUCUUGGUUGUUGCAAAUGUAAUAAUAAUGAUCUUAGUAAAUAAUAAUAAAUUCAACGUUCUCUUAACAGAGACCUCUUUUUGGUGGACUUCUCUUUUCUAGCUGUUUUCUUUGACAUUUUAUAAGGCAGACAGCUCUCCAAAUUGACCCUUUACAUGUAGGUCCCAAGAGUGACCAUCAUCAAUUAUUUUCCCCUAAAAAACAUCAGCAGAUCAUCAAGACUAAAGGUUAUGAGAAUUACUAAAUUGAUUACCAAAGAAUGAAUGCUUUGAUCUUAAACCAAAUUCUCUCAACUGGUCUUAAAAGAAAUGUAUGGAGAUCAGUCAUGAGAAUUUGUGUGUGGAUCUUUGGGCAUAAAGGGUUAAGAUAGAGACUUUGUGCCUUUCCCUAUGAUUUCCCUCAUAAAGAGAGUUGACUGUAGUUAACAAUUAUGAUAAACAAUAAUUUUUAAGCCACUCGCAGAAUUUGGUACAUGGCAGUGAGGGUCCCACACUUACCUAUUAUCUUUUUCAAAUGUUUUAAACAAUUUGUUUUGUCAGCAUGCAUCGAACGUCAUGUACAAUACAGUGUACAGUGUGUUUUAGUUAGGGCUAGUGAAUUUUGCAAUCAGGCUAGUGAAUUCUGUUCUUUACUUGCCCGAUGGCCAAGUGAAGUUUUUUGGGGAAAUAUUCAAUUUACCUUAGUACUGCACAGCAAAUUAAAAAUUCCCAAUAAAAUUGUGGAACUGAAGGCUGCUUUUCAGCUUAUCUGACAAAGUGAAAUCUGCAGUAUCAAGUAUCACGUUACAUUUCAUGUCAGACAAGAUGUUGUGUGGUCUGCACAAUCUUUGGGUAAAAGCAAUUAAAAGUACCUAAGAAGUAAGGUUCAUGCAGCUCCUAAAGCAUUCACUGAUUUUUAGCCUAUGUUAACUUAUCGUGUUAUUAAUAAAUAAAUAAUAAUAAAUAAUUCUUUUCAUCAAAAAAAUGUUUUGGGCUUGUCAAAAUGACUUUCAGACAAGUACAUACUGGAUUCAGCUUGCCCAAGCUUUAAAACUGACUUAAUUUGCACCCUGUAUGCUCUGCAAUUGGAAAUGUUGGUAAUCUUUCAUAAUACAAAGUGUAUUUUCCUUAACUAAACUUACAUGUCUCUGAAAUUGCAAAGUAAUGCUCCCAUUCUUUAAAUUUAAGAAAUAAUGAUGGUUCAUUUCACUCAUAUGAUGACCUUUUGUUUGUUUCCAGUACAUUUGUCUGCCCAACGGAGAUCAUAGCCUUCAGUGACAGAAUUGAAGAGUUCCGUGCAAUCAACACAGAGGUUGUUGGUUGCUCGGUAGAUUCAGUUUUUACCCAUUUAGCUUGGUAUGUAUCUUAGCUUAACUUAAAGGAGCUGUCUCCUGAAAUUCAUCAAAAUUCGAACAUGAGUGGGAACUUCCACCAAAUUGAGUGAAACAUCAAAAUAACCAUUCAGAAUGUUAAAAGAAGGUAUAAAUGACAUAAUAAAUAAACAAGGAAGUAUGUAUAAUUAUACAAACUUGAGGAAGAUUGAAACGGAUUGCAAUAAAUAGUGAGGUUUUUGAAAACUUGUUAACUUACCAGUUUUCCAAAGUUCAGUUUUGUACAUUUUUAUUUUGUAAUGUUUGAUAUUAUGUCUGGGAAACAUAUUUGCUUGACUCAAAGCAGUGAUUUUCCCAUUCAAUAGAAAUUUCUCAAGUUUCUUGACGAAUAAGGAUGCAUGCAUGUAACUGGCAUCGAUAGACGAAAUGAAUUAGCUGUCCGUGACACAGCCCAUUUGAACAGGUGUAAAGAAGGAAGGAGCAAUUAAAUCCAAAAAAGGACUCUCAGUCACUGAGCUACAGGGGGGCUCAAAACAACCUACACUGGGUGUAAGGCAUAAGCCUAAGGUUUCAAAUUAGAUAGUGACAUUUUAAAGAAAUUAAUUGAAAAAUGCGUCCGUACACAGACAUGUAUUAUAUUGGGUCUCCAGGUUUUUAAGGGGGCUAUGACAUGAGGAUAUUUUUGUCUUAGGUCAACUCUGUGCUGAAGUCACUACUUAGUGGCUUUACCCAUACACAAAAUGCUCCUGUAGAAUUAUGAGGAAUUUUAAACUGAAUUCCAUCUGGGAGCACAAACCCAAAGUAUUUUUUUUGGUGAUUUUUGUAGGCAUGGCAUUUACAGUUAUGUAAACUGGAAACCAUUGGCCCAAAUUUUUCAAAUUUCAGUCCAUAUCCAUCUUUGUCAUCCAUGGCAACAGACAAAAGGAAAGAGUUUCAGUGCCUAAAUAAAGUCUUAAAUAACAAAACUGGGCUGUUAGGUUUAAAAUUCAGUUGAUGUGAAGACACAUUUUAGCUUUUCAAACAGAUAGCAAAAAGAAUGACAAGUCUCAAUAGUGACCAACAUCAGUUUUCUCCUGACAAUAUCCACACAUUGUCAAGAGAUUACGUGUAGGUUAUGAGAAUUAAUUAAUGAUCCCCAAAGGGAAAAUUCCUUGAUCUUUUACGUGUAUCAAAUUCUCUAAACACAUUCUUUAUGAAAAUGUAUAGAGAUCAGUUUGGAGAAUUUGUAUCUGGAUAUUGGAGAACUACAAUGUACACUGUAACUAUAAUUGUUUUUAAAUUGUUCCUACUGUCUUUCUAGGAUAAACACACCAAGGAAAGAGGGUGGUCUAGGAAUGCUUCAGUAUCCCUUGUUAUCAGAUUUAAACCAUCAGAUUGCUAAAGACUAUGGAGUGCUACUGGAAAAUGAAGGUCAUACUUUGAGGUAAGGCCAUCUACAUGUACACUGUUAAGUUGUGAACGGAUUGUUUUGGCAGUGAUACGCGUUACAUGUACAUUGUGGAAUAAUACUCAGCUACUUUCAGUACAAUCUGAUAUUGUUGUUUAAUUAAGACGGCCUGUGACUAGAUGAGGUGAAAGACACUCCUUGUGGUUGUUUUCAAAAUACCAGCAAAGAUUUGCCAAAUCAGCAUUCUAAAUGUCUUCACAAAGCACUUUUACCGAUGUAGCAGAAAAGAAAGAAUGUUACAUUAAUUCCUUACUCUGACAGCCUCGUGGUCUAGCCCCUCUGUUACUGUUUCUAAUGUUUUGAUAACUGCAAGAACUACAACUUUAGAAACUAACCAAAGUUGCCAGAACUGAUACAUCACAGAUAUUGUUAAUUUUAAUACUGCCUUUAUUGGUUACAUGGAAAUAUCUUUCUUUGCUCAUGAAAUAUUUCAGUUUGCCAGUUCCGUGAUCCCAAACCUUGCGGCUCUCCAAGCCGCGACCGUUUUGGUCACCAUGGCGAGGAGAAAAAAAAUGGUGACUAAAAUAAUAAUUGCAGUAAAAGUCGCGCAUUUGACGACCUGUGAUCGGCAGUAAUGUGGCGAAGGCGCCGCAUUUUUAAUAGUUAGUGUUUAUGGUCUUCCUUAAGUUAAAGGGAGAUAAAGAAAGCAUCUGGAAAACACUACUUUCUUGUCCAACUGAAACUUGCGCAGGCUCCUUCUGAUUACAGAGUUUAAGAUUCACUUUUACGCCAAACGGCAGACGUGAAUUUGUACUUCGUGACCAAGUUUUCCCCGUAUUUUCCGUUUACUCUUUUUUGCUUCCACACAGAAAUAAGUAGUUUUAUGCCAGUUUUAACCAUAGGAAUCGUUCGGAACUGUUUUUAUCUGCUCAUUUUCUAUUCUGAGAAAUUCUCAACUUGAUUCUGACGUUUCCCGUUUGCGGUAAACGUGAAUCUUAAUCUCUCUAAUAUCUCGUAGCGUACAACUGCGCGUGUAUUAGAUCAUCCUUAAAUCGUGCAUGCGGCCAAUUUUCCACUAUGCGUUACCCAAUUACCUGCAAGUCGAACUUGGAGGUGUUCAAAAGAGAGCCCUCUCGUGUAUCUUCCGUUGGGUUUCUUACACUCGGCGAUGCUUUAAGUGUCGCUGGUGUCGAUUGCAUGAGAGCCCAUCACGAAAAAAUAACCACUCGGCUUUUCCAAUCAGUUGUUAACAACCCAUCCAACAAGAUUGAUGGUUUGUUACCAAAAAAGUGCAGCAGGCCAACUAAUAUUAUUUAAGGAGACAGGAGAUUCAGUAGUCGACCUACACAAAACCAAAACAAAGGGAUUCGCGGACACUUGUAUCAACAAGAGUAGCUCUGUGCAUAUAUAUUCAUGACUUGCAGUUUACAUGUACAUUUUAAGAUUAGUUACGUACAUGUAUUAUAUAUUAGCUUAUUAUAUUUUUAGAUUUGUAAAGUUGUGCAAUUCAGUUUAUUAUGCAAAGAGACUUAUGAAACCCAGUCUAUCUCUCUAUGUCUAUCUCUAAGCAUUGAAUGAAAUAUAACUUACGCUCCAUUUUCUAUAUAAUUUGCCUUUUUCACCCUUGUGUCUGGGAAUAAAGUCUUGAGAUGUUGCAUGCAUUCUUUAAGCACUCGAUUGUGAUAGUUUGGCAGCACUGAAUAUUGCACAAUGUGUGUUUUUUGUCUUUUCUGGCCACCAAUAUUUACUGUCAGGCGACCAUUUUAUGCAUGUAAAUUUAGGUUGCCAAUGGGCGACUUUGAAAGAAGUUUGACUUGGACCACUGCCUUCUCCUUAAUUAUGAGGCCAAAUGCAAAAUCUUUCCUGUGGAAAUGAGUCAUGAUUACCCUCGUUUUGAAGUAGACUACGAGUAGUCCCUCGUCUCACCUUUCUUGUGUGGAGUGAUUUUCACGCGCGCUCGUGUUUCGCUCGCUCUACUAUCCCUGAGGAAAAAUGGGGGACUGGUCGUGAUCUAGGUUUGAAGCACUGGUUUGGGGCACGUCAGAAAUGGCUGAUUGUCCUAUUCUAACCACUGUUUUCUAUGUUCUUCCUUUUAUUACUUCAGAGGUUUAUUUAUCAUUGAUGACAAAGGAACUCUUCGUCAAAUUACCAUGAACGACCUUCCGGUAAGCCAAGAUAAUAUAAACUGUUGUUCAAACCAUAAAUCUCGCUUGCGUAGCUGGCUGUUUGUUUGGCGAGGGCCGAAAAAACGCUGUGAAAACGCGCGCGAUCGACAAAAAAGAAAACCUCGAUUUUUCUCGCCCCAUUCUCCUUGCGGCCUCGCCACUCAUUUGCGCGCUGGACGAACAUAACCGCCCGUAAUGCAGGCCUCCAUAAAUCCACAGUAAACAGUUAUUGCUAUUCACGUCUUGUUUUGAAUCUGACAAAUGAUUUACAGUACAUGUACAUAGCACACCUUUUCUGCGUUACUUAUUAUUACGCUACACAAGUUUUUUGUAGUUGAAUGUUAUUCGACACUUUUUUCAUCAGCAGAUUUAUCUUUAGUAAACGGUUUUUAUUGUCUAGGUCGGUCGAUCUGUCGAUGAAACUCUACGUUUGGUCCAGGCCUUUCAGUAUACUGACAAACACGGUGAGGUAUGCCCGGCUGGCUGGAAGCCUGGUAAAGAGACAAUAAUUCCAGACCCAACAGAAAAGAAGAAGUACUUCGCCAAACAAGCGGAAAAAGGCGAAAAGGAAAAGGAAUAAUACUUACUACAGAAAAAAUAUUAGUUUAAGUUAAAAAUUUUUAUUGAAUGAAUAGACUUGUGGCUCCUGUCUUGUGCACAAUUUAUAAGCGAGUCCCAUCUUGAAGUGUUUCUUUCUUUC